UUGAUUAGAGUCAAUCGAGUCCUCUAUCCUUUUAUCUUCUUCUUGAGAUGAGAAGUCUCUCCAUCUCCACCGUUCCUCUGUCGCCGUUUCGGCUUCAGACAAAGACCCGAAUCUCAACACUCAGCACCCGAACGAAUCUCCACUCAUUCAACCUCAACCCGACAAGAACUGUCUCGAAAGUUAGAGGUCUGAGAGAAGAGAAUGAUUCGAGAUUCGUUGAUGAAAAUGGCGCAGUUGAUGACAUGGAAGGUUACUUAGGCAAUCUCUCUCUCGAAUACGACUCCGUAUGGGACACAAAGCCCUCCUGGUGUCAGCCCUGGACGAUAAUGGUAACGGGUCUAUCAAUAGUGGCAUGUAGCUGGGUGAUACUACACUCUGUUUUGGUUUCAUCGCUUGCCGUUGGUUUAGUUGGCGCUUGGUGGUACAUUUUCCUUUAUAGCUACCCAAAGUCGUAUUCAGAAAUGAUUGCUGAAAGAAGAAAAAGAGUAGCUAAUGGUUUUGAAGAUAUAUACGGCAAAAACAAGACAUCGUAGAACAUCCCAACUUGUAACACUCGUUUGUGUUCUUUCUGUUUGUACAUCCAUAAUGUGUCUGUUUAUCUUAGUUUCAUUCACAGUUGGGU